AGGAAGUAAGUUUAAGUAAAAGGACACCUGGUUGUACGGUUUCUUCCCAGGGAGUAGGGAGGGGAAAAUAAGAGAGGGAGGAACAGAAGCAUAGGUAAACUGGUGUAAUGCAUUCUACACCAGACCUCGCUGAUUUUCACAAAGACAGCACUGAAGUUUCUCUGGUAGACAUGCAAACUGUUCCAUAUUUUCCACAAGCAGGAAGAAGGCACGGUGCCAGGAGACUGCCAUGCACCGCAAAUUCAUGCUGAGGACAUUUCUGGACUACACUUGCAUUCAAAGCUGGAGAGAAGUAUACCUUUUUAGCUUCCAGAAAGAUUACUGAAAUUGCCAAUGUUUUGGAAAUACGAAGCAUUUGAUAUGGCCAGGACUAUCAGCUUAAUCAAACCCUAACCUACAGCACUGGAACGUCUGAUUUUUUUUAAAUUGAAGAACUGAAAAUCAUGUUGUGGAAAAGGUUUACAUUUUUGUUUUGACAAGUGCACACCUUGAAUGCAGCUUUAUCUGCCAAAAGGAAGCAAGAUAAGAGGGAUUUUUAUUGAGGCUAUAAUCGAACCACUCUUGGAGUGGGGAAGAAAAACCAGGGGAUUUGCUCUCACAAAAGACUUCUGUUUUCUUGAACAAGUGAAACGGGCUCACAAAACUGUAACACGAACUGGAUACCCAGGAGUAAUUUAACAGGUGUAUUUUAAGUGGACUGGGAAAAGCUGUUAAAUUCUUAUCAUGGAGGGGAACAGUUCAUCCGAGUCAAUACUUCAUAAGUUAUUAGCCUCUCCUAGGUUUGUGAGGAGAGAAUCUCAGCAGCAAGCAGGGGAGAGUGCGGUGCUUAAGUCGUUCCGGACAUUGCCUGAGAAAGAGUCAUAUCCACACCCUACUAACCAUGGUGAUAUUAAUAGCAGCUGUGGCAGUGUUAUUUCACCAAGUGCAGAAAUUAGAAACGAUGUCAGAUCUGAGCGAAAAGUUGAGCAGUUGAAUACUGAGUACUAUAAAAGGGAGAUUCUGCAGAGCUCUCCGUUUUCCAGUUGGAGAAAGCCUUUUUCUUCUUCCUUAACUCUUUUAGGAGACUCAGAUGUGGUUCAGGUUACCAGAGUGGAGACCUACAUUGACAAUGAAAAUGAAGAGGAAGAUGAAGGUAGUAUCCUGCCUGUUGAACAGAAAGUCAUUGAGAAAUUCCCAUCUCUUGACCAAGAUGAAAAGACUAGAAAACAGAACUGGGAUCUGCAUCAUCAUGAAAGGGAGAGUGAUGUGUCUAAGACAGACUCAACACUGCCUGUCCUUACAGAUAGAAGUGUUUUGGAGUUGACAAGUAAGGGGGGCAUAUCCGUUCUGAGCAAGACAUGGUCUAAUGAGAGUUUUGACAGACAUAAGGACUCCUCUCCAAACCCAGUGAAUAAUUUUGAACAGGAGAUUACAUAUAAAGGCCUUCGAAGAGAUAUUUCUCUAAACAGUGGAGGAGGCACCAUUGGAGAUACGAGUUUAGAUGUGCCAGCUGCCAAGGAUCCCAUAUUGAGGGAACGCACCCAUCUAGAUGUGCCUGGAGAUUGCAGUGGUAAUGGACAAACAGUUUCUCCAUACAAAACUGAAGACUCUCUUCAUGUGCCUUCAGCUUGCGGGUCUCCUCUUAAGCUAUCCGCAGUGUCUCAGCCUACACCAGCAUCAGAUCAAAAUGCUUUGGACUCCUUAUUGUGUUCUGAAAAGCAGACUUCUUAUCAAGAAGAGAGUUGGGGAACAGCGACACAGAAAAUGAGCUUCACCAGUUCAGAGUCUCACAUCUCUAUAGCCUCUCCAAGUACCACAUCUCCGUCACAAGAUAUCAAAGAGAGCAUGCCUGCCACCAAGAGGACCACCACAGACCCAUCCUCAACUAUCUCUCCCAAAUCACUCACAGCAACAUCCAGGGAAUCAUUUCAGUUGCCAGCCCUGUUCAGUGGUUUACGGGUACUAAAGAAAGGUGCUGUGGGAGAGGAUAGAGAGACUGUGUCUGAGAUCAAGCAAAAAGAUACAGACCGGGCACUCCUGAGCCUCAAACAACAUGUCAAUAAAGCCAAAUUCAACCAGCAAAUUCAAGCCAGCACCUCCACACAGAAAAAGGCAGCUGGUCCCAUAGAUGGGGUCGAGUCCAAGAAUCAGUGGCGGCGGAUGUUAAAUUUUGAUGACGUUUCCAUUGGGGAGAGCCUAGAAAAAGGGCCAAAAGUCAACGAAGGCCUGAAUACAGGAGAGAAAGGGUUAGCAAAAGAGACAACAGAUGAACCUUUCAAGUCUUUGUCCAGUUUUAAGGCCCUUAUAAAGGACACUGGAGAUGUUUCAGUGAACGUCGAGGCUGCCAAGAAGAAAAGGAAAAAUGACCGAGAGAUACUGAAGUCCAUCUUUGAGAUAUCUCCAAGCAAAUCAGGUUGCCCUGACAAGAGUCUAGGAGAAGUCAAAACUGAGGUCUGCUCUCCAGGAGACAGCGAGGACAGGACGCCUCGGAGACUUCAAGCAAUAUGGCCACCACCCAAGGCUAAGGAUGAAGAGGAAAAAGUAGGACUCCGUUACACUGAAGCAGAGCACCAGGCUGCUCUUCUGCAACUGAAGAGAGAAUGUAAAGAGGAAGUGGAAAAACUGCAUGCUGACUUGGAGCUCCAGGUCUUCCAGCUGCGUGGAGAGCAUGCAGUGGCUGUUUCUCGACUACAACAAACCAUUGCUGAAAUUCAGAAGGAUCGAGGCUAUUCACUGGGCAAGAGAAAAGUGCGUGAUGCCUGUGUGUCCACUGAAGAUGACACAUUCAUCAAAAUAUAUCGCAACGUUUGCAUCCAGACUGACCGGGAAACUUUUAUUAAGACGCCAGAAAAUGAGAGUGCCAAGCCUGUUUCAAGCCCGCCCCGGAAACUCGACCUCGAUUCCAUCACCCAGAAUCUAGGUGUGGUACCUGGAGCUCCACCUCUGCCUGGCCAAACACGUGUCUCACCAGCUUCAGGUCCAUCACCACCCCCACCACCACUGCUACCUGGAUCAGUACCACCACCCCCUGCACCUCCUUUACCUGGAGCCGGAAGUGCACCACCUCCACCUCCUUUACCCGGAGCCGGAGCUGCACCACCACCACCUCCACCUCCUUUACCUGGAGCCGGAGCUGCACCACCACCACCUCCACCUCCUUUACCUGGAGCCGGAGCUGCACCACCACCACCUCCACCUCCUUUACCUGGAGCUGGAGCUGCACCACCUCCACCACCACCUCCACCUCCUUUACCUGGAGCUGGAGCUGCACCCCCUCCACCACCACCACCUCCACCUCCUUUACCUGGAGCCGGAGCUGCACCCCCUCCACCUCCACCCCUCCCUGGAGCUGGUGUUCCUCCUCCUCCUCCUCCUCCACCUGGUAUGCCUGGAGUUCCGCCCCCACCUCCACCCUUUCCGGGGUGUGGCCCCCCACCUCCUCUGCCCAUGUUUGGGAUGGCGGUGGAAAAACCUCCACGCAAACCAGCAAUAGAGCCAACAUGUCCCAUGAAGCCACUCUACUGGACUAGGAUUCGGAUUCAAGACAACAAUAAUAACACACUGUGGGGUUCUCUGGAAGAACCAGAUAUCGUUGACACGAAGGAGUUUGAAGAGCUUUUCUCCAAAGCCACACCGCAGGCAAAGAAGAAGCCUCUUUCCGACACAUAUGAGGAGAAGCCCAAAGCCAAGAAGAUAAUCAAGUUAUUAGAUGGGAAACGUUCUCAGGCAGUGGGGAUCCUAAUAUCCAGCCUUCAUCUGGAGAUGAAGGAUAUUCAUCAAGCUGUUCUUACUGUGGACAACUCGAUAGUGGAUUUGGAAACGAUUGAGGCUUUGUAUGAAAAUAGGGCUCAGAAUGAUGAACUGGAGAAGAUCAAAAAACAUUACAAGAACGCAAAAGAGGAUGAAGUCAAACUUUUGGAUAAGCCUGAACAAUUCCUAUAUGAACUGGCCCAGAUUCCGGAUUUUGCCGGUCGAGCUCACUGCAUCAUAUUCCAGGCAGUGUUUCUGGACUCCAUAUCGUCCAUCCACGGUAAAGUAGAGAUCAUCUCCACAGUGUGUAAGGGUCUCCUGGAAAGCGACAGUAUUAAGGAAGUGAUUGGUCUUGUCCUGGCCUUCGGGAACUAUAUGAAUGGCGGGAACAGGACCAGAGGCCAGGCUGAUGGCUUUGGCUUAGAAAUUCUUCCCAAGCUGAAGGAUGUGAAGAGCAGGGACAACCGCAUCAGUCUUGUGGAUUAUGUGGUGUCCUACUACCUACGAAACAUAGACAGGGACGCAGGGACGGAUAAGAGUAUUUUCCCAUUGCCUGAGCCUCAGGAUUUCUUCCUCGCUGGUCAAGUCAAGUUUGACGACCUCUUGAAAGACAUGCGAAAGCUUAAAAGGGAUCUCACAGCCUGUGAAAAAGACAUCCAAAACGUGUGUGCCAACUCUCCAGACGAACAUCUCCAACCAUUCAAAGACAAAAUGGAUACUUUUCUCACCACUGCAAAAGCAAAGUAUGCAGCUGAAGAUGACCGCCUCAACGCUGCCCAGAAAAGCUUCCAGGAGACGGUCGCCUACUUUGGACUCAAGCCCAAACCUGGAGAUAAGGAAGUUUCACCUGACUAUGUUUUCUUACUAUGGUUUGAGUUCUGCAACGAUUUCAAGAAUGUAUGGAAGCGUGAGAGUAAGACCAUCUCCCAGGAAAGACUAAGGGAAGCUCAGCUGAAUGUUCAAAAGCUCACAGCUGAGAAAAGAGUGGAGACAAAAAAGGUCAAUGCCAACAGUCUGAAGGAGCGACUGCGGCAGAAGGAGGCGAAUGUGUCCUCCAGUUGAAGAUAAAACAAGAUACAGACUGAUGAAGCAUCAUUUCCACCACCUUUAAGAGGGACAGUGUGCGCACGAGUAUGGCAUUCUAUUCUGCUACAGUGUACGUUUAUCAUAUUGGCCACCAGAAAAGCAGAGAUCUGUGUUUUCCUCAGUCAAGAGUCGUGGACCUCAUCGGAAAAUGAACCAUCUCCGUCUCCACAUGAAAGAUAGACAUCUUAACUGUGGGUUCCAGAGUUCUGUCUCUUGUAAAGGUGCUCCUGGUUAGGAAAUGUUCCAUAAUACUAGUUGUAGCAAACAUUUCCAAUUUCAGAAUCUCAGCAUAUAAAGUAAAUCUCCAAAAAAAAAAAAAAGAUAAAAGUAAAGGUGAGUUGUGUGUUCAGUCGGAAAAGAGGGCAUUGAUUAAAUAAAACAAAGCAAAUAAUAAUAAUAUUUUUCGUAGUAAUCUUGUAAGGCUUAAUGAAUUAAAUAUGGAGAGAGAGAGUGUUAAUCUUUUGCCUAUUAAGGCUUUUUUUUUUUACUUCUAGGCUUUUUCCUGUUUUAUUUAUUUUCUAUAGAAAAUACACAUCGGUGCAGACAGAAUGGCAGACUGCCAGAUCUCGUCAGUCAGUUAAGACCUCACUUACACACCUCAAGUUACCAAUAAAAACCCAAGUUAGAGGAGAGAUAAAACUCCAUCAGAGUGGUUUUAAAGUUUUCGUCUUGUCUCAUGAGUAACAGCUACCUACUCCGUCUCAUAGGUGUAGGUUUAUCGCAGUCACAUGCACUUUCCUGCUUGCAGCAGUAGCUCUUUUGCCACUUCCUUUUUACCAGAUGGUAUAUUUUACCUCCUUUGCAAUGUCUCAUGCACCUCAGUUGUAGUUUCUAUGCAAUCUCUUUUCCAAACAACAGCUAUGGCUUGGGAGAGCCACAGCGACCAUGUACAAUAUAAUAUAUUUAUUUUCAUAGAAUGUCUUCAAGCUGAAGCUAAUAUUCUUUCAAUGAUGUGUUGAAAAGUGAACAAAUUAGCGAGCUUGUCCUGAAGACGGACAUACAUACAGUGUGUAUAUAUAUAUAUAUAUAUUUAUAACUUCGACUGUAAUGGGUGAAUUAUUUUUUGCCUCAAGUAAAUUCCUCAUUAUUACCAAAUUGCUUAUGGUUUCAUCUUCUUGUGUAGUCUGUAAUAAUAAAUUAAGUGUCUUGGAAAAGUGACCGGGUCAAAUGGAUAUAAAUGGUCAUUUCCUUCAUAA